AUGGCCUCCUCGGACGAGGGCAACCUCGGCGACCUCGGCGAGCUCGAGCCCGGGGACGACGCCACGGCCGGCAAUGUCGGAGCCACCGCAGCUUGGGUGCCGUUGGCCCUCACCCUCGUCGAGUAUCCCAAAGUAAUUCUUAAUCGAUCGCUUUUAGGAGAUAUCUUUGGAUUGCUACUAGCUUUAAUAAGUCUCAUGCCCUUCGCCAUACUCGCUGGAUUUAUCACAUUGGUACUCUUUAGACGAGACUUACAUACGAUUGCAUUCCUUGGUGGGAUUACGAUUAACGAAAUUGUAAAUCUUCUUUUGAAACAUACCAUUCAAGAAGCGAGGCCAAUACGGCGAGAUGUAUUAUACUCCGAAUACGGUAUGCCAUCUACUCAUGCGCAAUUCAUGUGGUUCUUUGCCGCAUACAUGACUUUAUUUGUAUUAAUCAGAUUACAUCAAAACAGUAAUAGCACGGUAUCUGAACGAUUUUGGCGAGUACUUAUUAUAGCUGCAUGCAUAGCGCUGGCUGAAUUAGUGACAUAUAGCAGAAUUUACCUUCAAUAUCAUUCUCAUUCCCAAGUACUGUGUGGAGCAAUAAUUGGCAUUAUUUUAGGCAUAAUUUGGUUUACAAUUGUACAUUUAGUUUUAACAUCAUAUUUCCCUGUAAUUGUGACUUGGAAGUUAUCGGAAUAUCUACUUUUACGUGACACCACACUCAUACCCAAUGUUCUAUGGUUUGAGUACACAAACGUACGUACAGAAGCAAGAGCUCGUUCGCGCAAACUUGUUUCUAUGAAAUCACAAUGACGGCUGAUGGUAGGACAAUGGAAUGAAAAUAAGUGAAUUUUAACAAAAUUCUUUUGUAGUAUGUCAUUAAAUAUGUUGAUAUUAAUAU